CACUCUACAUCAGUUCUAUCUGAAAGCUCCCAACAUGCUGAUCUAUGCCCACGCUGACUUCCAGAGAGCCUUGUGUGACAAGGACCCAGGAGUCCUCCGAGGGAUUGUCCACAUCUACAUACAGCUAGCUCAGAAGGCCAGCAGACUACAUACACUUGGGACAGGUUUUCUGGAUAUCCUGAAGCAAAUUAUCAGGCUCCUUUCCAACACAACAUGACUUCCACACAGUGCGUUGCCAUGGCUACAGAUACUUCUACUUAAAGUGUUGGCAUUGCUUGGACCCCAUGAUGAACAUUUAAGAUCCGAGAUGUGGCCUGUCCUGAGAGAUAUCAUCCAGAGGUCCACAGUCAAACAACACAUUGCAUUUGCUGUGAUCUACGAGUGUAUCCUGACUGUGUCAUGUGUCCCUGGCGACCCAGAGCUGAUGAAGGAGGCAUCUACCUGUGUUUCAAGAUAUCUGCAGUCCAACAGCAACACCCUUAAAUAUCUAGGUAUUAAGGCACUGACAGCUCUAGUUGGUGUAAGUCCGGAAUAUGCAGUACAGCACCAGAUUAUAGUAGUAAAGUGUUUGGAUGGGGACGAGCUGGCUACCCAGAGAAAGACGCUGCACCUCCUGUACAAGAUGGCCAAUGAGUCCAAUGUCAAGGCCAUCUGCAGCAAGUUGUUUGAACACCUGAAGAAGACUGAUGACUAUUUCUUUAAGAAAGACAUGGCAGAGAAGAUAGCACAACUGGCAGAAAAGUGGUCCCCUGACAUUCAGUGGUACGUGCAGACUGUCAACACUGUUCUGUUGGAGGAUAGAGACAACAGUGCUCUUGCUGACAAACUCAUGGAUAAGCUGGACAAAGAAUUAAAUCAGAAGGAGGACAAGGAAUUUGAGCAGUUUCUUAUCCAGAGUUACCUCCCUUACUUGGAGAGUACCGCAAGUCCUGAUGCCUUGUUGCACCUGGCUGUUUGGGUUCUAGGUGAGAUAAAGAUGGGUCUUGGAUCUCUGAAGCCAUCACGAGUUCUGUCUGCUCUGUGUAACCCCCUCCCCUAUGAUGCUGAUGCCCACCUGCAGGGGUUAGUCUUCUCCUCCCUCAUCAAGCUGCUGGGGAAGGGUAUCGUCGACGCUGCAGCUGUGAGAGACUGGUUCAGCUUCAACAGCUACACAUUUAGCCAGCCACAGCUUCACCAGAAGUUCCAAGAAGUACAAGCCCUACUGGCCCAACCAGAGAAAACCAACAAACCCCGCAGUUGCCAAAAUGGAGGGAGGGUAAAACAGAUGGACUUUACGUUGUCAUUCCUUGAUGACUAUGUCUGUGCAUCCCUCGAGUCCAGCGGCAACCCCUACAAACCCCUGGGUAGUCGCCUUGCAACAUCUACAUCUGCACAAGAUGCUACCGCCGAAGAAGGGUACAGCUCCCUCUACCAUGGGAUUGUCUCCCCUGCCAAGUAUGACUCCCCAAGGUCUUCACUGAGAGGGGACAGUUUCACUUCCAAUCUGUCCGAGGGAUCUGACAAGACAGGAGAGGCUGGCCUGAAGAUGUCCGGCGUAAGGCGGGUGUGGGGAAGGGAGGGGUACCUUGAGGCGGACCCCACCCAGGCUGUCAGACACCAGCAAGCAGAACAUAGAACAAAGAUUGGUCACAACCCAGAAGGUCAAAAACAACAAGAUCUUGCUUCUGCCCUGUUCCAGGGUAUCAGUGGAAGCUCAGAAAUACGACCCACAUUAGAUGAUGAAGAGUCCAGUGGAAGUACAGGAUGGUUGGCGGACAGCAGCAACCUACCAACAUCAGACACAUCGGGAUGGAGGGCCUUCAGCGCCACACACCAGCAGAGCUGCCCUGGAGACAACUCCCUUGGGGUCUUAAGCUGGGGGCAGGAUCCCUCCAUAAAACAUCUACCAUCACAACCAGAGGUGUCCGAUGUCAGAGCAGCAACAACCAAUCAGGAUGAGGCAUCCCUUACCUCCAGCCAAUCAGAGCGUAGGGAAAUCUGGUUGGCCAAUGAGAGCUCACCUCAGCAUGUGCAAUAUGAGUCAUUAUACAGUGGCGAGGCUGAUGCUGUGUCAGGGGAAGUCACACAUUCCAGUAUUUAUGAUGAGUUUACUGAAAAGGAGCAGGAUGUCUUUGGUUGUGACACAGAGUCCCCCACAAAGGGAAGCGAGAAGGGGAGUAGUUUAUACAGCAGUUACUACACAUCUGACAGCUGAUACUGACUGAAACACCACCAGCUCCUGGGGUGCUCAAGGCCUUCCCCUGUCAGGAAUGUUUGGACCCCCUCUAUCUUUGUACAUUAAACAUAGGAGUAAUAGGA